AUGCCCGGGCUGUAUAGUCCCUCGCCCUUGGAUGCACGCGCAAAGUCUCAGAAGGGCUUUUUCGAUGCGGCAUAUGAAACCUCCGGCCACCAGGUGAUUGAUUCACAUGUCCACGAGACCCGCAAGCGCUCCCGAUAUGGCUCCACGGCGCACGAAGCCGCGAUAGGAGGUCCCUGGGGAGAACAUGUCCUGCACAACACUCGCUCCAGCGAUACCAGAAGUCCACCUCCGCUUGCGAACGACCGCUACCAACUUGCUGGGGGUAUGGAUGGGACACACAACGAUGCAAGACGAGAAGGCGACUACGACGACUACUUCAACCUCCAAAAGCAGCGCGGUACCUGGUCGGUACCUCCUACACCCCAGGUUGGCCUGGCAAGACAGGUCGCAGUUGGCGAAGUGCAAACGACACCCAGCGAAAGCAAAUCAUGGUCUAUAAUGGGUCUUGUCGGAGGAGUGGCUGGAAAGCUGUUCCAGUUCUGUACAGUGCCCUUCCGAGGUUUCCAGGCGGGAGGAGGAGCGCGAUACAGCAUCGAUGCGCAAGAGGAGGUCGCGGCGAAACUUGGGCUGCAGGACGACCCCUAUCAGGCAGGUCCAGUGCAGCAACUGCCUCCUGCUCCAAGCGAUGACUAUGGAGUCCAGUCAAUCGACUCCAUUACGCCAGAUCGACCUAGGAUGGCCAAGCGACUGCGCACAGCAGACAACUGGGUGGUUGUUGGAACUAAUCUAGAGACAGAAUCAAGACCCUCAACACCGCGACUAUCAGAGCGAAGACUGCCCGAUCGAUCGCCCUCGUUAAUCCCACGCCCUGUAUCACGACCAAACGCAGGAACCCCAUCCUACAAGCGGCCCUCACUAAUCCCAGUAUCCCGACGCUCGACAGUUGAGAGACGAUCCUUCGGCGGCAGCCCGGCAGUCACUCCUAGCUCACACGAACGAGCGCACUCCUACAGCCGACGAAGCUACGGCUCACCAGCCAUGUUCGACGACAAGUCAAGCAACACCGCGAGCCCUCUGCCAAAGGAAAGUCAACGUCUGAUCAACAAAGUGCGGAGGGAAGAGAUCGAGGAAGACGAGCGCAUGCGCAGGAUGAGCCUGCAGAUGACUGCCAUGCUGAGAGAAGCGAACGAGGCUCUAGGCUCCAAGUUUGAGGUGGAAGAAUACAACGACGAUGAUAUUGGUGACAACGAAGGGUACAGCCAGCAACCGAGCUGGUACUCAUAA